UUCACGACGGCUUUGCAACUGGACUUGACGCGUUUGCGUUUCAUUCUCUGUCAGUAUACAAAAAGUACAGUUGAGUGGCGCGACGUCGAUCAAGGUAUCCACACAUCCCAUCGUCAAUUCGUAUACUAUAUUUACCCUAUAUUUAUCCUAUAUUUAUUGCUUAUCUUUCACGUCAUGGACCACAGCGUAGCGAUGAAUCCAGUUAGUACCACAGCCCACAUAACCGCGGCCAAAGCAUCGAUCUCGCUCCUACUAUGCCUGUGCUCCUUUGCCACUGGCCUAUCACCUAUAAAGUUUGCACACGCAUGGCGUGCGUCCAGGGUACGAUUAUCGCGGAAACCGACGGUCGCGUCGCUGCUUUUGUGCUUCGGCGGAGGCGUGCUUAUGUUCACCGCCCUCGUCGGUAUGCAGCCCGACGUCCGGCGUACAGUGCGCAUCCUCCAGGCGGACGGCCGGCUGCCAGACUCCGACCACUUAGGCGACCUAAUAUUCUGCGCGGCCCUCUUUGCUGUCUUCAUCGUCGACGAAUACGUUAACUUGUCCCGCGGCCCCGGACGCGGAACUAGUACUGCCGCAACUCCCGACUCCCAGCCACCCCCGAAGUCGUUCCGCGUCCUCUUCGCUGUGGUUGCUCUGUCAUUCCAAGAGGCGUUCGUAGGCCUGUCGUUCGGCUUGGAAACCGCGGGCCCCGACGACGCCCUGUGGUACACGUACGCCACCGCAUCCGGGAAUAAACUGAUAAUCGCCUUCUGCCUGGGCAUGGAACUGGCCUGGUCAGGAGCUCGGAAUUCUGCAAUAGUUGUAUGCUCCGCUGUCUUCGCCACUGUCACGCCCGUCGGAGUCGCGAUCGGCAUGGCCCUAUCGCAGUGCUGUGACAACAACACGGCCAAUAAGCUGCCAUCGCCCGGCAUCUUGCACGCCACCUCACAGGCACUGGGAGCCGCAUCGUUGGCGUUCGUGGUGUUCUUAGAAGUGCUUCCCAGGCAUAAACACGCCGGGUUCACGCACCUGAUUUCCACCAUCGUUGGGUUCCACGUCAUGCUAUUGCUGCAGUUUGCCACUAACUAUCAACAAUCAGCCUAGGUUGUGAAGAAUUUGGAUGACGAUAUAUGUGCAGAUGAAGCACAUAAACACUUAUUUUAAAUACAUUUCUUGAUUCUAUCCACUAUUUAUUGAUACAAUCACCUAGUAAUACUAUUUUAUAAUGGUUUUUUGCAUAGUUAAUAAGCAUUAUUUUGUUACGAUUUAAUUAAAUACCAUAUUUAAGUACAAAAUAACUAUAACAGUAUUACUUCCAGACUACAAUUGGAAUUAGGCAUAUAAACAUUAUGUUAUAUAAAAAAACUCCAAUUUUUCAAUAUAAUAUUAUAUAGGUAUAUUUAUAUACCUAUUGAAUUUACUACCUACCUACUCUCCUUUUUACGAAUUACAAAUUAUUUUAAAAUGUAUUGUUGAAUUUAUAAAGUUGGUAUCGUUUAUUUUCAUGGUAAUAAAAAUAUAUAUUU